AUGUCUCCCAGGAAGCAGGUGUCCCUGGAGACAGAGUGUGUCAGGGCUGUACAGUCUGUCUGUGUGAUUGUUUUUGAUCUUUCUUUCUUUCCGUGUAUUUAUGAGGCUCCUAGGAAGGAGCCAGGAGUGGGGAGACCCCAACUGAGGAGAGUGAAGACGACUGAUUCCAGUUUUCCGUGUGUCCUUACCUCUGUACCUCCUUGUAGCCCUGCUGGCGAAGUGAGCAGGCCUCCCCAUGUCCAGGAUCCUAGUCCUUCCACUUGUGUACUCCCAGGCUGGCAAACCUUGGAGCCUCUGGGCUCUGAAAACUAG